AAAGGAGGGUUCCCAGUGUCGAAUUGUCAUGAUUGUGAGUUCAGUUGCUCCCUGACCGUCAGGCGGCGUACAGGAUACAUCUGUAGCUUUAUGUACCCAGUAAUAAGUUGAAUAAUUGACAAAAUUGCUGUUACGACUUGAGAGUCAAGAUGCAGAAAAUAAUCCUGUUAGCCUGCGCAGUGAUCAUAACAGUAAAUUCAGUGGCUGCAGCACCCCAGAUGUCUGACCGCCAGCUGGACAGGACCCUGACAGAUCGCAGCACCAUGCAGAGACACCUCAAAUGUGCCCUGGGGGAGGGCCCGUGCGACCCCGUCGGCAGGAGGCUGAGAACGUUGGCCCCUCUUGUUCUCCGAGGAGCGUGUCCGCAAUGUACUCCGCAUGAGACUCUACAGAUCCGACGAACGCUCGCCUUCAUCCAGCGUAACUACCCGUGGGAGUGGGCUAGAAUCCUAUCUUACAUCAUCGUCGUAUGCGCGGUAGCGGCGGUAGCAAGCGCAGCGGAGACCACACGGCCCCCGGUGUCUGACACUGCGCUAGAGGAGGCGCUGAGCGACAAGCGGUUUAUACAGAGACAACUCAAAUGUGCCCUCGGAGAGGCGCCCUGCGACCCGAUUGGGAAGAGGCUCAAGACUCUGGCGCCGCUGGUGCUACGAGGCGCGUGUCCCCAAUGCACUCCUCAAGAAACGAAGCAGAUCCAGCGCACUCUGUCAUACGUCCAGAGAAACUACCCGCAACAGUGGGCAAAGAUCGUACGCCAAUACGCGGGUUAACAUUUUGUAGGUUAUGAUUAGGAUAGAAAAACAAAAAAUGUACAAUAUCUAACUUCUAGGAAAAUAUAUUCCUAGAUAUGUAAAAAUGCUACGUUAACCAUAAGUACAUACUACUUAUAUGUUUUUUUUUUAAAUUAUGUUUCUUAAUUAAGCUUAAAGACAAUCAUGAUUCAUUCAAAGCAUAGUUACAAGAAAAAUCUAAGAUAAGGUUUUCAAAGUAGAAAAGAAAGUAAUAUUUUCAAGUGUUAUAGAACUAUAAUAAAUAAUUAUAGAACAUAAGCAUGUAACCAUAUGUAGCGAUAUUUUAUGUAAGUACAUCAUGCAAUGCUAACUUUUUUGUACUUAGUUAAUUACAAUUAUUAUUUAUUAGACUUGCAAAAUUUAAAAAUAUUAUUUAUUUUUUGAAUUAAACUACAAUUUUUUUU